GAAGAAAAAAAAAAUCCAAGAAUAAUACAAUUCUCGGGGAGAUAGAGCGAGACAGAGAGAAAAAAAAAAAACAUGAAAUGAAAGUGGAAUGAGGGAGAAAAAGGUUGAGAGGUUGCUUAACUCUGACACAGCCACCACCACCGCCGACGCCACCCUCUACCGCAUCUACCGUAGCCCACAAAACUCUGUCCUUAGAGAUCUCGCUUUUGUCCUGUGCUUUUAUUGUUGUUUUGUGAAAAAUAGAGUCUUCUGGGUCGGUGAAGACAAAUGAAGGGCCAGUUGUGGAUUAAGCCUAUUUUUUUCUCUACGAUCGCUGUAGAGAACACAAUUUAUUACCCUGAGAUCAUCUCCGUUUGUGGGGCUGUACUUCACAAAACCCGUACCCCUCUCUGAGUCUGUCUCUGUUUUUAAUAUGCAUAGUAAAGCAGGUGGCCAUCUGUCUUUAAUUUCACUCUCUACUGUUCCAGUCUAUACUUAAUGCUGAAGGAGAUCAUUGUUUGUUGAAAAUCCUGUGAGAUUUGUUUUUGCUUUCUAAAAGGAGAUUCGGAUUUUUAAUUUUCUGAUCAUCUGGGAUUUGGAAACAGGUUAGAGUGGCCCUGGUUUUUGGAUUUUGUGUGAAUUCUCAAGACCCAGUGAGGGUCACGUUGAGGUCAUACAUACCCCCAUAUCUGAAACGCUUGUAUGCUGUACCAACCCCCAAAGCCAAUACUAUAUGUGAAGGGAACCCAAUUCAAUUGAAAUCAAACCCAGGAUAAAGAUUGAAUCUUGGGGUGAAAGGGGAAAGAAAUGAUGCAGAGUGAGAGAGGGGAUCAUGGUGGAGGGAAUGACGAGAUGAGGCAGAAUCAGAGGUUGAAGCCACUUCAAGGAGAUCAACAACAACAGCAGCCUCCACCACAACCUCAAAAAUGCCCUCGUUGUGAGUCUUUGAAUACAAAAUUCUGCUACUACAACAAUUACAGUCUCUCUCAGCCUCGUUACUUCUGCAAGACUUGUAGAAGGUACUGGACUCAGGGUGGAACCCUGAGGAAUGUGCCCGUAGGAGGCGGUUGCCGGAAGGGAAAGCGCACAAAAACGACAUCAUCUGGUGAGAGUUCCAGCUCUCAGUCUAAUCAGCCACAAAAUUUCACAGCCCCACAAACUAUGGGCACCACCAGCUCAGUUAUUACUAGUAUUCCUGCUGUUAUGAAGAAUGAAGAAUCCGGUGUUCCUUCAAUGGAAUCAUAUUAUCCAGGAGGUGGGUUCUUGUCUUCUUUAGCAGCAAUUCAGUCUCUCCAACCACCUCAACCUUUCAAUCAGCCUGUGGGUCUUGGUGGUGGGGGUGAUUUGGGUGGUUCUUCAAAUUUGGGUCUGCUGCAGGGUUUCAAUGUCAAUGUGCCUUCUUUUGGUUCAAACCAGCAAAUUAAUCAGCAGAGGCAGUUUUAUCAAAUGGGUGCUGAUAGAGAUAACAGUACUAUAGGUCUUAUUUAUCCAUCUGAUCAACAAGAGAGCUUGUCUUCUCAGCACAAUUGGCACCAGAAUUUCAUCAACAAUACUAACCCUAAUGUCUCUGAUACAACUAUGUGGAGUACUGUCAGUACCACCACCGGAGGGAACAGUACCACCGCUGCUGGAAGCUCCAGUACUUCUUUGAAUCCCGAUCGGUGGCCUCAUCUUCCAGGUUAUGGUGCUCCACCAUAAUCUGUCUUAAUUAAGCUUGCUACAUUGCAUGUCUCCAUGAACUUUUUGGCUUUUUUGUACACAAAACAAAACAUUGAAUAAUUUCAAAUCUUUUUUCUCUCUCUUUUAGUGGUUUCAAAAGGUUUUUCUUAUUUGCUUUCGUGGGUUGGGGAUUACAGUACGGUUCAUGUAAAAAUGGAAAAUUUUAUUUACAGCCUUUGUGCUUGCAUGUAGAUAUCAUAACUUCUUGGGUUUUGCUUGAGUUGUUUGAACUUCUGAGCUAAGCUA